AUGAAUAUGACGCCGGAAUCUGGUUCAGGGUGUUUCGGAGACGGGGUUUUUCCUCCGGGAUUCAGAUUCCACCCAACGGAUGAAGAGCUUGUGCUCUACUAUUUGAAGAGGAAGAUCUGCAGGAGACGACUCCUUCUUGAUGUCAUUGGAGAAACCGAUGUCUACAAGUGGGACCCAGAAGACUUGCCUGGGAUAUCUAAGUUGAAAACUGGGGACAGGCAAUGGUUCUUCUUUAGCCCCCGUGAUAGGAAGUAUCCAAAUGGAGCAAGGUCCAAUCGAGCAACAAGGCAUGGAUACUGGAAAGCAACUGGGAAGGAUCGUAUAAUCAGAUGUGGUUCACGUGCUGUUGGGUUAAAGAAGACUCUAGUCUUCCAUAUAGGUCGUGCCCCUAGUGGAGAACGUACGGACUGGGUGAUGCAUGAGUAUACCCUGGAUGAGGAGGAGCUAAAAAGAUGCCAAACUGCCCAGGAUUAUUAUGCACUGUACAAGGUUUUCAAGAAGAGUGGGCCAGGUCCCAAAAAUGGCGAGCAAUAUGGUGCACCCUUUAGGGAGGAGGAUUGGGCUGAUGAUGGACUAGAUGCCAAUGGAGUGGUUGACCAGGAGAACCCUGUAAACCAGGCAAAUGAAAUCUUGCCUGUAAAUAAUGCCCAUGUUAAUCGUCAAGUGCCGCCUCCAUUAAAUGACCUUGAGGAGUUCAUGAACCGAAUAGCAGAAGACCCCAUAUUUGUUGAGCCACCUGGUGUUGAUAUUGACUAUGCUCUGGAUCAGUUUGCGGGUGAGGAGGGAACUCAAAGUACCUUGCUUGAGGAAUCUGUAGGGCAUUUACCUGCAAGAAGUACAGUGCUCCAACCAUGCAGUGAAGAACAUAAUGUGCAAUCCAGUUUAGACUUGGCACAGUCGGGAACAACACAGUUACAGUUUUAUGAGGUUCCUGAGGUCACUUCCGUUCCAAAUGGUAACCAUGGACAGCCUCCGGUGACCGAAGACGAUUUCCUUGAAGAUUUUCUUGAAAUGAAUGACCUUAUUGGUCCAGAACCGACCUUGAAAAAUCUAGAUAAUCCUCUGGACGAUUUGGAUAAUCUGCAGUUUGAUGGGUUCGAUGGCUUGAGUGAACUUGAUCUCUUCCAAGAUGCACCCAUGCUUCUUCAUGAGGCGGGGCCUGUUGAACCUGGGCAGAUUUCUCGACCAUACAAUUUUGAUAAUGGAGUUAUCCCUAUCUCAAGUUCUUAUCUGAACAAUCUUGAGAAUAGUGCUGCAAAUUACCAGCUGUGGUCACAUUCAAAUGAUGCAAAUGAUAUCAGUUCUCAGUUGUGGGCGGAUGAGCAAAUAUCCAGUCUUUUAUCUGAUACGGACCCAAAUGUGGGGAUGAUUCCUUCACCAGCUUCAGGUAUGGUACAACAAUAUCAAAAUCAAAAUCAAAGUGAUUCGGUCAAUCUUUCUACUGGAGCAAAUCAAAAUCCAAGUGGCGAGCCUGAUAAUGUUACACGCUCGUGGUUCUCCUCUGCUGUUUGGGAUUUUGUGGAGUCUAUACCCACAACUCCUGCUUCAGCUUCAGAAAUUGCUUUGGUAAAUAGAGCUUUUGAGCGUAUGUCUAGCUUCGGUAGGGUAAGAAUAAAUGCCAGAAACAUGAAUCAUGCUGCAGGUAAUACCUCUGCAACUUCAAGUUCUUCAGGCAAAUCUAGGAGUGGUUUUUUAUGUUUAUCUUUACUUGGAUUAAUGUGCGCUAUCGUGUGGGUGCUGAUUGGAACUUGUGUAGCUGUUACGAAUUGA